AUGGAGCAGAAGGUGAUGCCAGAGGCAGUGGAGGGAUCAGUUGGAUUGUUGAGCUGUUCCGAUGACCGUGGAGGUGAACACAACGUCCCUUUGGGAGCAUCAGUGCCGCAUCCACCGGACACCUGCCUCAAGGCUGACCAACGUCAUGCAAGUAGUGUGCAGAUGGUGCCCAUCCACUCCCUCCUCCUCCUCCUCCUACUCCUCACCCUCUUGACUCUUGAAUCCAAAAUGCACAGCCAAAUCACCACGAUUUCACACUGCGCCAAUUCAUCGUUGUGA